AUGCCUUUUAAUCAAAAAGAAAAUAUAGAAACAAGUCCAUUAGUGAGAGCACCAAAAUUUAAUGUUGUUCCAUUAAAUAAUAAUUCUCCAAUAAAGAAAGUUGGGAAUAGAAGGGAUGGUUGGGUACAUAUUAAUGGAGUUUCUGAAAUUAUUGUAGAUAAUUCUAGACUUGAUGGAUUACUUGAAUGUUGCCAAGAACAGUCUUUUGGAUGCCGACCUUUAUGUACAAGGAAUGUAAGCAAAGAACAGAUAAAACAAGCAAUGUCAUCAGGUCGAUGUCCUCCUUUAAGCUUAACAAAUGUUAUUAAAUGCUUUCCUCGUUUUUACAAUAUUACUUCUGUAGGGCAAUGUUGUGCCUCUUCAAGUUUAAUUAAUAGUAAUUCAAAUUUGCCGAUAAAUUCAUUUUUGCAAAUAAAACGUGAAAUUCCACCUCAUUGUUUGAGGUGA